UUAAGAUUGGGAGAUAUUGAAAAUAUCCUUGUUACUGUCAUUGCAAGGUUGAUUAAUGCAAUGUACAAAGCAAAAGUUUUGAAGAUAAAAAAUUGGUUUUGUUUUUGAGGGUUAUUUGGCAUUUUUUCUUGAAGGCUGACGGAAAGGAAAAGAAGCAACAUAGAAAAAGAUUGUGUUUUUGGCGUUUCCUAUUGGUUUUUGUUUAUUACGUUUUGAAAUUUUUUUAGUCUAUUCGAUGAAAUGAGAAGAAAAAUACGCGAAUGGGGUAAUUGUUGGAGGAGCAAUGAAAAUGAGAAGGGUUGGUUAUGCCAUUGUUUUCGUGAUAUUGCUUUGCGCUUUAGCCAUGGGGAGCUCAGAAGGUAAGAGGAGGAUACCUGAAAUAUUUUUUGCCAAUGAAGGCAGGACAACAUCAUUUCUGAAUAUUAAUGAAAAAAUGGCAGAGGAGGCAUGGAUUCAUUGCAAGAAAGAGAUGGCAGAAAAAAGAGAUGCUAUUAAAGAUUUUGACCUGUAUAUACCACAAGCAACCAAUGACUUGAUGUCAGCAUUAUUAGCAAAACGAAGAAUACACAAAGCUAUUGACAUUUUGCCUCCUCAAGUGAGAGAAAAGCUUUUUGAUUGCUUAAGAAAGAAAGGACUUGUCUUUCAUGCUUCUGACCCAGAGGUUACCUUUAAGCACUGGUUCCAAAAGUUUCUUGAGUUCAUUUUGAAAUUGCCAAAUGCUCCUAGAAGGUAUCUGGUUAGUUUAUCAAAUCCGCACACAACCUCAGGUCCUUCUCCAGCUCUAGUUCCUGAGAUGACACCGGCACCGGCUCCAGCACCGGCACCGGCACUGGCACCAGAACCGGCACCAGCACCAGUAACAACAUCUUUACUGUCAUCUGCACCAUUUAGUUAUGGUCCUGCUCCUACACCAUUUAAUUAUGUUCCGGCAAUGUCCCAUCAGGCUUAUGCAAGCUGUCUAAGGUCACAUCCACCAGGAGGUGCAUUAACCAAUUCGCUUCAUGUAUCAAAUAUGAUUUCCACUUUACCACCGCCACCACCACCAUAUCACAAACAUUCUCAUUCUAGCCCAUCACCUCCAACACAUAAACAUUUAUCACCUGGUUCCCAUGAUAGAACUCAGCAUUCAGCAGAUGAAAAGAAUGAUGUUAUGAAGACUGUUUUUGCUGCUGUCGUUGCAACUGCAGCCACGACAUUUGCUCUUGUCACACUGAUCUUCUUUUGUUGUCUGAAGAGAAGUAGCGGAAAAAAAGAUGAAAGACCUCUUCUCUGCUUAAGUGAUUUAUCUCCUGAUUCUUCACAGAAGUCUAUUAGUUUAGGAAAUUCCAGCAACAAAGAAUUCAGAGCUAGCAGCCGAAAGAAACCUUCUUUUGUUAGUAAAUUGUCCACGAAAAAAUAUAAUCAUGAAGCCUCACUUGCAAAAGCACCAUCAUUAGAAGCAAGUGCGGGAGCAGCAUUUCCUCCCCUGAAGCCUCCUCCUGGGAGAUUAGCUCCUCCACCUCCUGCUGCAGCACCGCCACCUCCUCCUCGUCCUAACCCCCCACCUCCACCUAAAGUUGUUCGUCCUCCACCUAUUCCACCGAAAUCAAAACCUUCACCACUUGGACCACAUCAUCGAGGACAUAGUGCUUCUGGUAGUGCAGACGAGACUGAUGGUGAAUCCGGAGCUCCAAAAGCCAAGUUAAAACCAUUUUUCUGGGACAAGGUUAUGGCUAAUUCAGAUCAGACGAUGGUUUGGCAUGAGAUCAGUGCUGGAUCAUUCCAGUUCAAUGAGGAGAUGAUAGAGACUUUAUUUGGUUAUAAUCAAGGGACUAAUAACAAGAAUGAUCAAAAGAGAGAUUCACCAUCAGAACCUUCGAUCCAAUACAUUCAGAUUAUUGACCCUAGGAAAGCACAAAAUUUGUCUAUUCUUCUACGUGCACUAAAUGUCACAACAGGGGAAGUUGUUGAUGCUCUCCGAGAAGGUAACGAGCUUCCAGCAGAGCUCCUUCAAACAUUGCAGAAGAUGGCGCCAACAACUGAUGAGGAACUGAAGCUUAGAUUAUUCGCAGGAGAUGUUUCUCAACUGGGUCCUGCAGAGAGGUUCCUUAAAAUCUUGGUUGAAAUACCUUUUGCCUUCAAACGAAUUGAGUCCUUGCUGUUCAUGAGUACUCUCCACGAGGAAGUCACUAGCAUUAAAGAAUCCUUUGCAAUUCUUGAGGUUGCUUGCACCAAGCUUAAAAGUAGCAGAUUGUUCCUAAAACUUCUAGAAGCAGUUCUUAAAACCGGUAAUCGCAUGAAUGAUGGUACCUACCGUGGUGGUGCACAGGCAUUCAAGCUUGACACACUCUUGAAACUGUCUGAUGUAAAAGGAAUAGAUGGUAAGACCACGCUCCUCCACUUUGUAGUUCGGGAGAUCAUACGUUCUGAGGGCAUAAGAGCUGUUCGCAAUCGCACACAAUUAUCAAGCCGAAGCCUUUCAAGUUUUAAUUCAGAGGACUCUGUUGAAGAUCACAACCAAGAAGCAGAGGAGCAUUACCGCUGUCUUGGACUUCAAGUGGUUUCAGGUGUAUGCAUUGAACUUGCAGAUGUUAAAAAGGCUGCAGCAAUUGAUGUUGAUGCGCUAACAUCUACUGUGUCUAAACUAGAUCAUUCUUUAAAGAAAACUAGAGAGUUUAUGAAUUCAGAGAUGAAGAGCACGGAUGAGGACAGUGAAUUUUUUCCUUCACUGUCUAGUUUUGUGGACCGUGCGGAUGCUGAUAUUAGAUGGCUAUCAGAGGAAGAAAAAAGGAUAACGGACAUGGUCAAGAGCACAGCAGAUUACUUUCAUGGACAGGCAGCAAGAAAUGAAGGCUUGCGUUUGUUUGCAAUUGUGCGUGAUUUCUUGAUAAUGUUAGAUAAGGUAUGUAAAGAAGUUAGAGAGACAAGAGCUAAGCCUCUCAGAAAUUCCACAAAAGAAGGUGCAUCAAUGUCAGCUUCUCUAGAAAAUCGACAGCCAUCUUCGGAGAAUCAGCAACAAUCCUCAGAUUUUCGUAAACGACUAUUUCCUGCAAUUUCCGACCGGCGGAUAGACAGUUCCAGUUCCAGUUCCAGUUCUGACGACGAAAGCUCCUCUCAUUAGCUGUAAAUUUAGAAAGGGGGUUUAACAUAGUAUGUUAGAGGAGAGGAAUCAUAGAAAUUGCAGAACCAGGGCGUCUAUCACUUGCAUCUUAUGAACAGAAUUCAAAGCUUCAAAGUCCCAUUAUUUUGUAAAUCAUGAUGAAAAAUAAGAGGCCUUGAGGGAAUGAACCUCAAGCAAUCAGGAUUUUCUCAAGAUAAAACAAAUUUCGUUUGUACAGUCAACUGUGUCAUAUCCACGCAAAUA